AUGGAAAGGCACAAACAGCAAGAACUGGAAGAAGUCCAGCCUCUACAACAACCAAGCCUCGUCACGUGUUGGGCGUUCCUUCUUCUCCUUUGCCUCGCCAGCCUGAUAUAUCGAAAGUUGGGCAGGACAGUGAAGGUGAAGAGAAAGGAAACAAGCAGCCUUGCUAUCCAACAUAGUGAUAAGUCAGCAGAUACCAGCACGGAGAUACGACCUCUUCAUGGCUUCGACGUCGCCAAAAUCGAGCCACAUCCAUACCGGCCUUGGAAGUCGGGCAAGUUUGUCAUGUCAAUGGGCAUUCAGAAGGUCAGACACGAAGAGUGGUUGUCGCUUGACAACAGAUACUGGGAAGAGCAAGCUCUGAGACGGUAUCUACUGGAGCAUGAACGAGAAGGUGUAACUCAAGUGUUGCCAGAAGCAGAAGCAGCAUGUAUCGAGACACUGGACCUCAUCAUAGAUUACCUGACCAGACGAUUCCCGCAUCUCUUCUUCUAUCUCGAUGACAGGCCAGACCAUCUCCACAACAAGCUCACGGGUAUGACCUUCAAGGUGACAGCCCCGUACGAUAUGCCGCCCCUACACAUUGCUGCGCAGUUGGUCAUGGAAGACCUCAACAUCUUGAUGCAAGGUUAUGGUGGAGAUCCGGAGCAAUACUACCUGGUUGCAAGCUUCAGCAUGGCACCAGCAGGAUGGCACCUAGAAGAGCGCAUUGGCUGGCCGCUGUGGAAAAUACACUCACCGGUUCCGCUCUGGGCGGACCACCUCCGGAAAUCUGUGGAUCGAUACUUUCUCCGGAUGAAGCCGGACAGUCCUAUCUCAAGACACAACUUCUUCAUUCAGACCACCGACGUCUUGUUCCAGCAAGAACCAUUCGCUGCAAAGCUUCCACAGCCACCGAAAAUUGAAGAUAUCCGACUGCGGCAUGAAAGGCAGACGCUAAGAAGACUAUCAGAAACGGGUGCCAUUCUCUUCACUGUGAGGACGUAUAUGACGCCGUUAUUGGACUUGGAGGACGAUGUAGACAGCAUUCGAGAGCUGUCAGGAGCAAUCAAGGCGAUGCCAAAGGAGAUGGCCAUAUAUAAAGGAGAACUUCUUUGGGGUGAAGUUGUUGAGGCAUGGUGUGAAGAACGACUGCGGCAGCUUGCGUCGGACCAUGAUGGUAUUGGCUGCAUACGAGCAGGGUAUAUUUGCGAGGGAUAUCCGAACAUCAUCAGGUUCGAGGAGAACAAACCCAGAAGAUCCAGUCAAGCUCAACCUGUUCCAGUUCGCAACCUGCCGUCAUCUCCUCCUGAAGGUCCCUCAUCGACGACUGCCAUUCUUCAAGAUACCACAGUCGCCGCUGCUGACUCGGAUGCAUUCAUGAACUGGUUUCUCCCUGAUGACUCAAUUCCAGACUUCGUGGGCAUGAACGACGUCAGCACUUUGAACAUAUUUAGUCCGCUGGAAGGCGCGAUGAUGAUGUACCCUGGGAUGAGUCCGAAUUUCCCGCCACAAACCUACACGCCUCAGCAACCCAACCACGAAACCGAAAUACCUCGAAGCAUUCCGUUUUUGAUCAGUGGAGUCGGUUCCCAUAUCGAGCAGAAGUUCUUCUAUCACUUCACCAAUGUCACCUCUCGCGUGCUCACGAUAUGCAACGACGAAAAGAAUCCGCUGCUCACAGUCGUGUUGCCUCGCAGCCUAGAUGAUCCGAUGAUAGCUAAAGCUAUUUCCUGUCUUGGGGGCUCGCACUUGGUCAACCUCCAGCCUGAAGCGGAGACUCGAAUGAAAGCUGAGAAGCAACGGCUUCUCAGGGACGCGCUCCAUCAGCAAACAGCUCGGUUACAUAGCUUAAGAGCGACAAAGCCAUUGCGCUCAAGCUCGGAGGUCGAAGCAAUAUUGGCAAGCACGCUUCUCUUAUGCCUAUAUGAAAUAUCCGAAGGCUCUGGUAACAUUUCCUGGAAAUUAAGGCUUGACGAAGCGAGGGAGCUCAUUCAGACUUGUUUGCAGAGCUCUGUGCCGGCGACUCAGUGCGCUCACUCUGAUGCGCAAGCCGUGGAUUCCAUAGGAGUGAAUCAGUUCCUGCUGGAUUUCUUUGCCUAUCACGACAUUCUAGCCGGAGUCACUGAUGCAACGCGCGAACCAGUGUUGGACUCCACCAUCCGCGCGUCGCAGACACAAGACGAUAUAUACAUGAUGAUUGGAGCAGAUAACGGCCUGUUCGGACUCAUCGCCAAGAUCGCCGCUUUGCGGGCUGAUGCCAUCGCAAACGGUAGGACGAAUGUCACCGUCAUUUGCGAAGCCAUCCGCAUAUGGGAGGAACUUGAUGCAUGGAAACCAGACACAGAUGACAAGGACCAAAGAUUGGCAUUCUCCGCCUAUUCUGCUGCCUUGUUCGUUUGGCUGUACUCGAUCGUGUAUCCGGACAAGGUGGCUGAUGAUAAAGUCCAAACAUGCAUUCGGCAAGGAUUGGACGAUAUGCAACAGAUACAAGCCAGCGGAGUCCUGGCCUUUUUGCUUUUCCCAGCCUUCGUCUUUGGGUUCGCCAGCGUCCUGUCGGAGCAACGCGCGGAGGUCUCGGCCAUGUUUGAUCGAUUGAGCAGCUUCAGCGGUCUUGGGAAUGUGCGGCUAGCUCGUGACUUGGUCAAGAGCUCGUGGCUAGAUCAUGGGACUGGUUGUAUCCGACCUUGGGAUUGGAUGCAGCAAAUGCAGACGAAUGGUAUCAGUGUGCCUGUCACUUGAGCCGGCAGGGAAUUCUAGCAGCCAGCCUAUGUGGCCAUUGGUGACACCAGCAGCAAGAGUCUGUUAGCACAUGGAUGCCUGCGGCCCUUCUCAGCAGGACACUUUGCUACUGAUAUGGUAUAAGUCCUGCCUCGACCUGAACAGAGCCUGCCCAAAGACAGCCCCACAAUGCUCAGCGCCCACCCGAACCCAACGCCAGUAGGAAUCAGGAGUUCAGAAUGAUAUGCAACAACCAUGGUUUGAGGGCGUACGGUACUGGGCCUUCAGUUACUUCGUCUAGGACGUUUUUACAAACAG